AGUCUUAUUAUGAACGCAGGGACUUUUAUUAUUCCCGGUCAGAUGGAUAUUCUGAAAGAUGAGAUGAAGAAGAAGAUGUGACUUUUUUAAUAUUCACGUUUUAGUUGGGCUCGAGCUCGGUGUGUUUGUACACGUGUACAGGACUUAGCUUUGUUCUGGGUUAAAGUGAAGAAAUAAAUCCAGGAAGAUGAUGGAAGAGAGUGGAAUUGAGACUACGCCUCCUGGGAGCCCUUCACCUCCUCCCUCUGAGGGUGCUGCAGUCAGCAGCCCCCUCAUGUCCGCAGGUCUGUCCAGUCCUCCAUCCCUCCCUGUCACGAGCUCCAUCUCCUCCUCUGCCUCCCCCGCCAUGCCCUCCCUCCCCACUGGCCCCUCCCUCCCAGCUUUCAGCAGCCCUCUCCCCCCUGGCCCCUCCGUCUCAGCACAGCAGCCCUCCCCCCUCCCACUUCCCCCUCCCUCCUCACUCUCCUCCCCGUUCACCAGCAGCUCUCCUUUUCCCGCCUCCUCCUCUGUGCCUCCUCUGGCCUCCUCCUUUGGACCUCCUCCCCCCAUGGCCACCGGCAUGUCACCCCCCCCUGUGGGCCAGAUGAUGUCGGGCUUCUCCAUGAGCGCAGGAUAUGACAUCACACGGGGACACGCUGGGCGGACCCCACAGACGCCGCUGAUGCCGACGUUCUCCAGUCCGACCGCCAUGCCAGGUGUUGUUUCAAACCCCCUCGUUCAGCAGCCUGUCAUGACAGGAGGGAUAGAAGCUGGAUCUCCCAUCACGUUCCCCGAGGAGCAGGAAGAUCCCCGAGCAUCUGCAGACGCUAACGCAGGAGGAGGAAUCUGGGGCUUCUUCAAGGGGGUCGCAGGUAACCACGUCGUGAAGUCGGUCCUGGACAAAACCAAACACUCAGUGGAGUCCAUGAUCACCACGCUGGACCCCGGCAUGGCCCCCUACAUGCGGUCCGGAGGAGACGUGGACAUCGUGGUGACCUCAGAUAAAGAGAUGAUCGUAGCGGCGGUCAGAGACGCCUUCCAGGAGGUGUUUGGGAUGGCCAUGGUGACCGGAGAGCCCGGUCAGUCCAACAUCGCCCCCCAGCCUGUGGGAUACGCCGCCGGAGUCAAGGGGGCUCAGGAGCGCAUUGACAGCCUGCGUCGGGCCGGUGUGAUCCACGAGAAGCAGCCGGUGGUCUCUCUGGAAAACUUCAUCGCUGAGCUGUUUCCUGACAAGUGGUUCGAUUUGGGCUGUCUGAUCCUGGAGGACCCGGGUCACAACAUCCGCAUCGAGGUCUUCACUCAGGCGACUCCUGUGGCUCUGGAUCACAUCCAACAGGCCCAGUCCUUGACCCCUCCUGAUUACAGCCUGCGCUGGUCGGGUCUGAUCGUGACGGUGGGCGAGGUUUUGGAGCGCUGCGUUCCCAACAUCAACAGGACGGACUGGCACCAGGCGAUGACAGGGAUGAGCCAGCGUUACAUGAUCCAGAGCGCCGCCAAAGCUCUCGCCGGUCUCUACAAACAGCAGCUGCCCCCAGGACUAUGUGAUGGCUGACGGUCCCAGUUUGUGUCUCAUACUGGGAGGAGGAGGAACCAGCUGAUUGGACAGUGAGGUUUUCUCGUAGCUCCUCAUCCGUCCUCUGAAAAACAAGCUUUUCUUCAGCGACUAAGAUCCAACGAGUCGGCAGGAUUUCACUGAGAGGAACGACUCAGACGUGACCAUCAGCUGAUCGUCCUCGUUUAAAGAUUAUUACUCAUCAUGGACAUUAAUCUGAAAAACCUUAACACACGUGUGGAAACAUUUUGUUCUCUGUCGUUGCUCAGACGUCUUGGCUUGUGUCCCAGUUGUUUUCUGUGAACUGGAAGCUGCACAGAUUCCCUCCCACCUUUUCACAAAAUGAAGAUGUUCUGAAAAUAAAAGAUACUUGAACGUGUUUUAA